CCCCCGCCGGGGGCCGAGGCCUACAUCCCUCAGCGUUACCCCGACAACCGCAUUGUCUCCUCCAAGGUGAGCAGGUGCCAUGGCAACCAAGCAGUCAGCACAACAACCACGUCAUUUAGCACUGACAACCAAGCCUGUUGUGCUCUUGUGACAGUAUGUCAUCUACGAUUAGCAACCUCUUCAUGUGGGUGACAACCAUAGAUAUCUGCUACUGCUCAAGGUUCGUUAGCUGUAUUGUUGUUAUCAUUGUUGAUAUCAUUUUGGGAUGAAAUUGAGAAAGAAAAGACACACACACACACACACACACACACACACACACACACACACACACACACACAUGAGCACCCACACUGGUAUAAAGUAUUAUUCCCUCUCUCUAGAAUACGUGUUGAUAAUGUGUGUGUUCUCUCUACCAGUACACCUUAUGGAACUUCAUCCCCAAGAACCUGUUUGAACAGUUCAGAAGAAUCGCCAACUUCUACUUUCUGCUCAUAUUCCUGGUCCAGGUGAGAAUAUGCCAUCUCUCUGAACCCCAGGGCUAUUUUAUCAUACAUUAUCAGUUAAACACGUAGGCUAUGUGAAGUGAAUUUGAGUUAAUUGUUUGGCGUCCAUCUCAGUACAAUGGAGAACCUGAAUGAAUGAUAAUCAGCUGGUUCUCUUCCUCUUUCCUCUUUUUCUCUCUCCUCCUCAGCUCAUUAUAGACACGCCCACCAGCCCUGUCACCAGUGGACUGCCUCUCUUCUUUGUCAUCACCGUCACCGCCAUUAAACAGGUAGGAGACACGCACAGACACACACACAUCCUCUGGUCAUUGGUGUUGGUAAAUCUAGGGAAGCCUUCCUCCACUGUGUUCCGGUAGUGACAGCAGAUGUGAUGAUAGCAGUGAUGCAUGAACCACACGAAGCCCAGGCCUUAUACAAGCAUUAGUCUAAAACAGGACAUGUUGUGUAGAGGCCCUGCAAACGGGUCACCAUGCUGACGGAACAUACCACUAAUUAGAUACCACCGAAGACCAUGUAUGACCGUAUCUCUCUCUCGCUCUCUCUCUCUCUUCCUCACUCUCCUCUCCUCCCUUCCUCCCCUUCUCUCCUCCAGGGUUAUGAAGACUGGCUGAGACACAAGGCAGACUGCAGUACAAAUGAGUGUCCUGUGGAUGUGGUGCAGCAGGGGACGGUGGUGAGGACGCAGAGCUCCAAGCUACGGGUAUGACUACCCUAUUAAUGGGCCUUCUACUCUCCAGUCUACUACACAUUAUUAUGAAGCCUUUGGGCCUCACUGGCUGGUGUUUCUCUAUUCUAUGUAUGGUCAGACAGAGCCUUUAGCUGUAAUAGCUAUAGUAUGUGAGUAUAAUGGCUAGUAUGAGAGCUCAUCCCUCUUCUAUUUUAUUCAUAUUCAUGUAACAAAAUGGACUGAUUAUUUUGUACAUUGAAUAAUACCCAUAGUUAUAUAACCUUUGAACAUUUAUAUCAUAGCCACGGCUAUCAUCUUUGAUCAUAUUGAAAUUAAAUCCAUUCCUGAGACCUUUAAGGCUGGUCUCCAUUGGAACGUACGUGCGUUUGUCUGCGAUGCCAUAGCUAGCGUCCCAGAGAAGAUUAACAUUACCCAACAGUACCAUCCCAAACAUUCCUGUUGUGAUUACUCUGGUCCCGUACAGGGAAAAGGAUUUGCCUUUCCAGACAGAUUAAAUAUCAACCUGUGAUGUCAGACUGGACUAGGAUCAGAACAAUGGUGUUACCAUAGAAUUAGAAUUUAAUAGGAUUUCUAUGAGUGUUACUGUGAGACACAUUGCAGUGUCAUAGCCACACAGCAGAUAACAGAGACCGAGCGGAGACAGGGACUAUGUCUCAUUUAAAGCAGAACUCUGUAAUCUCCGGCAGGUCCAUGUACUGUAAUAUCUAUAGUUGUAUUUGAGUGUGCGUCGGCAUGUGUUGCCAUGCCGUCCACUGAAACGUGACCUGACUAUGAAAGACAUUCGUCAUCCACACACACAUACAUGCACAUUCUACCGAAGUUCCUCACCCAUGGUCCCCCGACUCCCCCCACAGAUCAAACAGAGUGGAUUAUGGGGGAAAUAAGGAAGAGGAAUAGUAAAGAAUAUAGUAGUAAUCGCUAUAGCGCGUGUAUGUGUAGUACGGUCACCAUGGAGAUGGGAUUUAUAGGCAGUUAAGAUGCUCCACUUGCAUAAUCCCACCGUUACGCAACAACUCAGUCCCCAGGAAUAAGGAGUGGAAUAUGAAAGUGUUUGCAAGGCAUGUGUGUUUCCUGUUGGAUAACUGCUACUCAUGUGUAAUUAUUUCUGGAUCUGCAGCAGUAUGGUGGCUCACCAGAUCCAAAACACCUCUGUUUGUUUACAAUGGCAUGGGGUUUAUAAAGGAAAAAUUUAAAUGACAUCCCAUCCCCCAAAUAGUGCAAACAUUUUGACCACCAGAGCCACCAGGUAUGGCUCUGGUCAAAAGCAGUGCACUGUAUGAGGAAUUUGGUAGUCCCAGGGGUGUAGGCACCCAUUCAGAUUGAGCAAAAACAUUUAUUAAAAGUGUUCCAAAUGGGACAUUUUUUGUAUUUUUACCUAAACAUGCAAACACCAUCAGAUAGAAUUCAUAGCAAGCAGUGCACUGAGUUAGUCAGAUUUGAUUAAAUAUAACAGAACAGAUUAACUGGAAUGACAUUCACUCUCACGGAAGGGGUUGCCAAAAAUAACUAACUAAACCACGAAGAAGUAUAUUUUUCUCUGCUCAUUUGUCUCUUUGCCCCAUGGCAAAAUGUGUAAAAUUGCAGGAAGUUAGCUGCUUCCCAAAAAAAGCCCACCCACCAACACAUUUCUGGCUACACCACUGGGUAGUCCACUCCACUUCGAUCAGGUCAAUAGUAGUGCACAAGGGAAUAGGGUGUGAUUUAGGACCCAGCCUGUAUUUCUUGAGUCUAAACUGAUGAUCGUUGUUGAUGUGGUUGACCUGUCAGGUUGGGGAUGUUGUCAUGGUGAGGGAGGACGAGACGUUCCCCUGUGACCUCAUCCUCCUCUCGUCCAGCCGCGAUGACGGAACCUGCUAUGUCACCACCACCAGUCUGGAUGGAGAGUCCAGCCACAAGGUAUACACACACACUCUCUCUCUCACACACACACACUCACACCGUUACACACACGCUAGGGUUGCACAAUAUUGGAAAUAACUGACAUUGCGAUAUUUUGUUUUUCUGCGAUAUGAAAAAAUACAGGAUGUCUUCACCAGAUGACUUGAAAAGCUCUAUUUGAGAAUAAUUAAUUAUUCUAGAAUGAUUGGGGUGAUUUUGUAGGGAACUGCAUCUUCAUGGAAAAUUAAAAUUAAAAAAUGAGAAAAAUAGUUGCGUGAUGGCAUUACAUACCGCUUGUCAAGCGACCGGAUCAUGUUUUUAAAACCCUCUUUGGUAACCGUGUUAAUUGGUACCAUGUCUUUGGCGACGUGAAAUGUUAUUGAAUCUGUGAUUUCUCUCUGCCGUUUGGAACCUUUCUCGUAUGGUGUAAUACUGGCAAAGGCAUCCAAAAUAGAUUUUUGCUUUGGAGGGCAUUGAGAUGCUUUGCACUCGUCAUAGGAAGAUUUGUGGUGCCGCCUUAAAUGAUCGAACAAAUUGGUCGUGUUGUGGCAACAAUUGCAAGGCACUCUCGACAAAGUACCUGUUUUUGGUCAACAUCAUCCUGUCUGUAGCCGAAAUAUUUCCAUAUAAUUGACGAUGCAUUUCUUUUUGCAACCAAAUUCAAAAUUUCUGUAUUUUUUGCCUGUUCCUCGCUCAUCAUUUCGUCACGCGCAAGCAGAGCCUGCAUGUCUACCACGUGCAGCAACGAACUCCGUGUUUAAAAUAAUAACAAUAAUAAUAAACUGUGUAUCCAAUAACCCAUAAAUCAGAGUAAAUUACGUUAUAUCAGACAGAUAUAAUGCUAGUUUAACAUUUUUAAAAACAUAUAUUGUAGACUGAUAUAUGUUUACCUUACUAAAUCGCACGUUCUGCGAUGUGACUAUUGCGGAUGCAUACAUCGCAAUGUCGAUGCUGAAAUGAUAUAACAUGCAGCCCUAACACACGCACGUACACUGCUGGGAUCCACCCCUUAAUUUUUCCAGCAUGCUCUCUGAUCAAACAUGACUUCUCAGUGAUUCAUCUCUCUCCCUCCUACUAUGCUGUGUCAGACCUACUAUGCUGUACCAGACACCAUGGCCUUUAAGACAGAGCAGGAGGUGGACUCUCUACAUGCAACUAUUGAAUGUGAACAACCACAACCUGACCUCUACAAGUGAGUGACACACAAUGUGUGACACACACAGAAUCAUUGAGUGACCUGUUCGUUUGUUGAAAAUUGCAAACAUUUUAUUUUUCUCAUUUAGAUUUGUGGGGCGCAUCAAUAUUUAUAAGGAAAGAGAAGAUCCCUUAGCCAGGUAAGACCAGCAUCCCCCUCUCUCAUUCUUAAACCAUCUUUGAACAGGACAUGUUUUUUAUUUCUUUUGAUCUUGCUCCUCUUCUCAUGUUAGACCCCUGGGAGCUGAAAAUCUUCUCCUCAGAGGAGCUACCCUGAAGAACACAGAACACAUUUAUGGUAACACACACACUGUUCUGUGUAUAAAGUUAUAUCUAUGGUUAUAUUUGAGUGUGAGUCGGCACAUGUUGCCAUAGCCAUACCGUCCACCGAAACGUGUCCUGACUAUGAAAUACAUUCUUCACACACACACACACACACACUGUUCUGUGUCUGUGUCUGUAUUGAUGGUAACCCCUGGUUGUUGUUCCCUCAGCUGUAGCCAUCUACACAGGCAUGGACACCAAGAUGGCGCUUAACUACCAGUCCAAAUCCCAGAAACGCUCAGCUGUGGAAAAGUAAGAUCUGUUCCUAUUCCUUCCCCUCUCUGUGUCUAAUUGCUUUGGUGUGGGUAUAACUACCUGUCUGUUGAAGUAUAGCAGGAGUUAGCAUAGUAGAAGGAAUAGUAGACUCUCUGUUAUUACAUAAAGUCUGCAUAAUUCUAUUUGAUCUCGUUCAAGCGGGGUGUGUGUGUGUGUGAAACGCUCUAUUGACAAUCUGUUUGCAUCCAGUUCUGUAGAACCAAUCUGCAUUUAGCUCAUCUAAACUUCUCCUCUCUCCCUCCCCCUAACUCCCUCACUCUCUCCCUCCCUCUAUCUCCCUCCAGGUCGAUGAAUGCAUUCCUAAUCGUGUAUCUGUGUAUCCUGAUCAGUAAAGCGGUCAUUAACACGGUUCUGAAGUAUGCAUGGCAGUGUUCACCUGAUCGCGACGAACCCUGGUACAACCACAGGACCGAGAUUGACAGAGGACGCCAUGUGGUUAGUCCCCCAAACCACUACGCUACCCACAAUGCACGCUGUCAUGGCAAAAUGAUUCAUCAGGUCACACCUGUUCAACGUUAACUGAUUCUGAUAAAGCCUCUUGUUCUCUGUCUCUAACCAUCCUUUCGUUCUCUCCCUGCAUCCUCCGUCUCUCUCUCCCUCCCUCUCAAUCUCACUUCCCUGCCUCUCCCCCUCCCUCCAUCCUCUCCUCUCUCUCUCAGGUGAUCAGGGCGUUCACAGAUUUCCUGGCCUUCAUGGUGUUGUUUAACUACAUCAUCCCAGUCUCCAUGUAUGUUACCGUGGAGAUGCAGAAGUUCCUGGGUUCUUACUUCAUAGCCUGGGACAAGGAU